GCAAACUUCAUCAGCUGCAUCGCCUACGAUGGCCGAUAGUCGAAGAUUUCGAUAUUUCGGUUGUGGUUAAUUUACUGACAAAAAUGUAAUUUUUAAUUGGCCAUGUUACCUCUGCACACGGCAUGAUAACUACUUCACCCGCGUUUAUGUUGCUCCUGUUUCUAUAAAUAUCCGCGCGUGCUUUUACUCAAGAUCCCCGAUCUGACAUCGACGCGAAGAUGUCUUCUAAAAGUGAAUUGAAGAAGUUAUCAGAGGAAAGUCUAACAAGACAACCGGAAGAGGUAUUUGAUAUUAUAUGCAAGUUGGGUGAAGGAUCUUAUGGAUCAGUUUACAAAGCUUUGCAUAAGGAAAGUGGACAGGUGCUCGCAAUUAAGCAAGUACCGGUUGAUACUGAUUUGCAGGAGAUUAUUAAAGAAAUAUCAAUUAUGCAACAAUGCGACUCACCAUUUGUUGUUAAAUAUUAUGGAAGUUAUUUUAAGAAUACAGAUUUAUGGAUUGUGAUGGAAUACUGUGGGGCUGGUUCUGUUAGUGAUAUUAUGAGGUUAAGAAAGAAAACCCUUCAGGAAGAUGAAAUCGCAACAAUCUUGAGUGAUACUCUGAAAGGACUGGAAUAUCUCCAUUUGAGAAGAAAAAUUCACAGAGACAUUAAGGCUGGGAAUAUCCUCCUUAAUAAUGAGGGUCAUGCGAAAUUGGCCGAUUUUGGUGUGGCAGGUCAAUUAACGGAUACCAUGGCUAAACGUAACACAGUCAUUGGUACACCAUUCUGGAUGGCACCAGAAGUGAUACAAGAGAUUGGUUAUGAUUGUGUGGCCGACAUAUGGUCUUUGGGAAUAACGGCCUUGGAAAUGGCAGAAGGCAAGCCACCGUACGGCGACAUACAUCCGAUGAGAGCGAUAUUUAUGAUUCCGACCAAGCCACCUCCUAGUUUUAGGGAACCCGAUCAAUGGAGUCCAGAGUUUAUCCACUUUGUCUGUGGGUGCCUUGUAAAAAAUCCCGAAGACAGAUCAACCGCAACCGAACUUCUGCAGCAUGAAUUCAUAGGUAAUGCCAAACAGCCAAGUAUUUUGAGCCAAAUGAUCGCCGAGGCUCAUGAAAUACGAGAGAAGCAAAGCGCACAUAGAGCUCAUGUUAUAAACAACGUGGCAAUUAAGAGUCAAAACCAGGCGGAAGACUCGGAUGAGGAUGAUUGCAGUGGAACGAUGAAACCAUUACCAGACGACAGUAGGACCUUAGUGCCGAGUCAUGAUCUUCCAGACACGGGUACCUUAGUUUCGGCAAUGUUAGACUUGGGCACAAUGGUUAUCAAUAGCGAUACGGAUACUGAAGCUACCAUGAAGAGACAUAAUACUGGCUCUGUAGAAUCUGGUAAGAAAUAUCGACCAUUAUUCUUAGAUCAUUUUGAUAAGAAAGAAGCACCUGAAAUUGGAAAGGGUAAUGGACAAAUGUUGAGAAUACAAAACUCGGAGAAUGCGAAUAAAUUGGAGGUACAAAGUUCACCCGAAUCUCAAAGAUUUCAAAGCCAUCUACAGCUGCAGUUGCAGAAUCAAAUAUCUCAUCCCGUGCCGGAGCAGCCGCAUAACAACAUAUCGAAGUUUCAAAAUGUCUUCACGGAACGCGAUUUCGAUUUUUUGAAGUUUCUCUCUUACGAGGAACUACAGCAACGAAUGGCUAGCCUGGACGCGGAGAUGGAGCGAGAGAUCGACGAGCUGAGAAAAAGGUAUCAGACGAAGAGACAGCCUAUUCUCGAUGCCAUGGACACCAAACGAAAGCGUCAACAGAACUUCUAACACAAUUUGGUUUCCUCUUUCACGCAACCGAGUGAUGACGGGUAGACAAAGGGUGUACAAUUGUAUAAAUGAAUAGAUUUUAUUCGCGUCACGUCUCUGGUUUCAUCAAAGAGAAGAACAUUGCUCUCACACCGUAAAAUAACUUACCUCAUGAACGGCUAAGCGUGUGACAAUCGUGAAUGCUCACCCGCAAGGCACAAUGCUGCUUCUCUUUAUGAAUCCGGGGUGUCAUAGCUAGUAAUAGCUGAUAGCCUCACGUCACCAAUGUAAAUUAUUUUACAUGAUUUAGGUGAAGAAGCAAUCACUAUACUUAAUUUUUGUAUUACGUUUACCUACAUUUACUGUUAAAUACAUCUUAUUCUUAUAGAAAUAUUAUAGGAGACCCUUGUAGGGUCGUUAGAAAAUAAAAAGAAAUGCAAUAGGAGUGCAAAAGAAUUGCAUCAUGUUUUACAAUCGUUUUUAUCGAGAAAGAAAAUUUGAUAUUCACUUUGAAACGAAGUCGAGACAUUGUAUCGUAAUGUUGCCCUAGCCAUUUGCAAUAUAAUUUUUACUAAAUAAUACUGCAUUAUGUUAAAAAAAAAAAAAAAGUCAUCCAUGUGAAAUGUGCUGUCAGAUGCACUUAAAUAAGGUAUUUGAGCAGUUUUUGAGAAUAACUACCCUAUUUAAUCAUGACAGUUCGAGAUAAGCGAAUAAUGCUGUAAGAUUUAAUUUACUUUUUAUUCUACUGCCAUAUAUAUAAGUAGACUCUCUACUCAUCCGUCUACUAAUACUAACUCUAGUUUACAUCAGUUUCUCAAACGAUUAGGUUUACCUUUCCCGAGUUUACAAACACUAAUAUGAUCAUGUGUAAUUCUAAAGUAAGUGUUCUUUAAUAUGCAGCAAUGGAAAAGUAAUUGCUGCAUGCUACUAAAAUAUUUCAUAAACAAACUUACUAGUAUUAGUCUUCCGUAUUAGCGAGUAUUCCAGUACGCUCUAAUUUGCUUUAUCGCAACGUGGAAAUUGUUGAAACUCAAAUUUAUCAGAUUCCAUAUUGAUAUUUUUAGAAUUGUAUAAAAGUUCGUACACGGCAAUGCCUUGCAAUAAUUAUUUCAUGUGUAAAAAGCAGUAAAAUUU